AGGGCUUCAACAUGGCGGCUGGGGAACUGGUGCUAGCUGCUGUGAAGACCUGGCCCGGGGCAGGCAGAGUUGGAGGUGGUGGAGUUCGCUUUCCCUAUGGGCUGUCGGGAGCUAGAGGGGUGGGGGACUGAGCCUGGAAGGCCGGCCGGUGCCAGCACCUUUGGGCUUGCGGGACGGCGGCGGCUGCAGCGUCGUUCAGGUUCUAAAUGGCUUCUAAGAAGUUGGGUGCAGAUAGUCAUGGGACUUUCAGUUACCUUGAUGAUGUCCUAUUGAAGAUAGGAGACAAAUUCAAAACACCAGCUAAAGUUGUUCUACCUAUUGGCUUCUCCUUGCCUGACUGUUUGCAGGUUGUCAGAGAAGUACAGUAUGACUUCUCCUUGGAAAAGAAGACCAUCGAGUGGGCCGAGGACGUCGGGAAGAUCCAGGACGCCCAGCGGGAAGCAGAACGCAAGGCUCAGGAGGCGGAACCCAAAGUCAAUUCCAAGAGUGGCCCAGAGAGCGAUAACAAAAUGAGCUUCUCCAAGACUCAAAGUACAGCCACAAUGCCACCUCCUAUUAACCCCAUCCUUGCCAGCCUGCAGCACAACAGCAUCCUCACUCCAACCCGGGUCAGCAGUAGUGCCAUGAAGCAAAAAGCCCUCAGCCCCCCACACACAAAGGCAGAUUUCAAUCCUGCCGACUUUGAGUGUGAAGAGGACCCAUUUGAUAAUCUGGAGUUAAAAACCAUUGAUGAGAAAGAAGAGCUGAGAAACAUUCUGGUAGGAGCCACGGGACCCAUUAUGGCUCAGUUAUUGGACAGUAACUUGCCCAGAGGCGGCUCCGGGUCGGUGUUACAGGAUGAGGAGGUCCUGGCAUCCUUGGAGCGGGCAACCCUGGAUUUCAAGCCUCUUCACAAACCCAAUGGCUUUAUAACCUUACCACAGUUGGGCAACUGUGAAAAGAUGUCGCUGUCUUCCAAAGUGUCCCUCCCCCCGAUUCCUGCAGUAAGCAAUAUCAAAUCCCUGUCCUUCCCCAAACUUGACUCUGAUGACAGCAAUCAGAAGACAGCCAAACUGGCAAGCACUUUCCAUAGCACAUCCUGCCUCUGCAGUGGUACGCUACUGAACUCCUUCAAGCCUUCCACCCAAAGCAGUGCCAGUGAGCUCAAAGGGCAUCAUACUCUUGGGCUUUCAGCUUUGAACUUGGACAGUUGCACUGAGGUACCCACCCUUGCACCCUCCCAGACGCCUUCCCACUCAGUCUCGUCUGUGUGCACAGAAGAGUCAUCACCUCCACAGGCAGGCUCCGCGGUCGCCCCUCCUAAUUUCUCAAUGUCACAAGUGCCCAGGUGCCCCCAGGCCUACUCUGAGCUACAGACAUUGUCCCCCAGUGAGCGGCAAUGUGUGGAGACAGUGGUCAACAUGGGCUACUCCUACGAUUGUUUCCUGAGAGCUAUGAAGAAGAAAGGAGAGACUAUUGAGCAGAUCCUCUACUAUCUCUUUGCACAUGGACAACUGUGUGAGAAGGGCUUUGACCCUCUGUUGGUGGAAGAGGCUUUGGAAAUGCACCAGUGUUCAGAAGAAAAGAAGAUGGAGUUUCUUCAGUUAAUGAGCAAAUUUAAGGAAAUGGGCUUUGACCUGAAGGACAUUAAGGAAGCGUUGGUAUUACACAACAAUGAGCAGGACAAUGCUUUGGAAGACCUCAAGGCCCGGGCAGGAGCCAGCUGAGACUUGGCCCUGCCGCGGAACCAGCACCCCCAGGAAACCCUGCAGAGCCCACCUGUG